AUGGAUAACUCGACCACCCAGGGUUCCGCAUCCAAUACUUCGGUCACAUCUACUCAUGUAUGCGAUUCUGAGAACGGGCCGCCUGGAAGGUAUACAUGCUACGACAUCGGCACAUUCCUUGCUCUUUACAUCGUCCUAGCCACAACAUGCACCGUCGAUGUUGCCGGCGAAGCAUAUGAGCAGAGCGAAAAGGCGUCGAAGGCACAUCAGAACGUUGAGAUCACUGACGCUCACGUAAAGCUGGCCAGACGUCCUGGCCGGAAAGUAAGGCGUGAUACAGGUGAGAACCAAGCUGGAGAAAAAGGAGCGGAUGAGAUAUCACGAAUUGGAAAAUGGUUGGAGAAGGUUGUGCGGAAUCUGAAAGCUGAAUAA